AUGUCCAGACAUCUUUACUUAGAGUUAUGCAAAAUAUCCCGUGAAAUAAACUUAAUAUUUGGGACUCAAAUAACUAUCAAAAUGGCAUGCUAUUUUGGUUGGAUAGUACUUGACUUGCGUGAACUUUUCAAUACAAUAUUUAUCAACAAUUAUGUAAAAUCAAGAACAAUGGCUAUCGCUGUGCGUUCAUUCUGCUUAUCUCAUCACAUUUUCAAAUUCCUGCUUAUUAAUUAUAUAUGCGAAAUAGUUAGUACAAAGGCAAAUGCAACAGCAGAUUUAUUAAAUAAAUUAUCAUAUGUCACUUAUGAUGUUGAAAUUCGUGAAAUUAUUUCACAAUUUUCAUUGGGAAUAGUGUAUGCACCCCUUAGAUUUUGUGGAAUCGGAUUUUUUCAAUUUGGUUUCAAAUAUCUUCAUAAGUUUAUCACGUUUAUUGCAACUGUUUUAGUUAUAAUAAUACAAGCAAAUUCAACAGCAAAUUUAUUAAAUAAAUUAUCCUGUACCACUUAUGAUGUUGAAAUUCGUGAAAUCAUUUCACAAUUUUUAUUACGAAUAAUUCACGCACCCCUUAGAUUCUAUGGAAUGGGGCUUUUCCAAUUUGGUUUCAAAUUUCUUUAUAAGUUUAUCACAUCUCUUACGACUGUUUUAGUUAUAUUAAUACAAGCACAAGCAAAUAAGUAA